UCAGCUGAUGUCCAAUUUGUAAGUCGCUCUGGAUAAGAGCGUCUGCUAAAUGACUUAAAUGUAAAUGUAAAUGUACGAAGGGCUUUAUAAAUACAUUUGAUUUAUUUGAUUCCUAACAGGGUUUAUUCAUAAUGUACAAAUCCCUAUUCAGCCUCUACAUUUGCGUAGAGUAAAUUAAUAUAUGUAAGAACUAAGAGAACUGGUUAUUUAACCAUUAUUAUUUAACAAUUAUUUUUUAAACGUUUUCCAGAAUAUUGUUUUUGUUCAACUGCGUUACCCACUCCAGUCAGCAGAUGGCGAUGAGUUUUUCAGGUGAUGCUUCUAGCGUGACGUAUAAUGUACGGGACGGGAUGUUUUUUCAACAACAACAAUUCAUCCACCUCGGUAGCGUGCUAGCCAACAUAAAACUAAAACAUUGAUGCCUUUCGGCCAUUUUUGUGUACAUUAACCUCAGUGUUUUAAACACACUGUCUGCGUAUUUACUAAUUACUCUAUUUAAUUUACUAUUUACGCUGUUAGCUAUCUAGCUAGGUAACAUUAGGCAAAUGCUAGCUAGCUUUCUAACAUCCUCGACCAUGAGCUCACUAAGCUACUCCCUCCCUGCUAAAGAAGAGGAGAAAGAAGCCCCCGUGAAAGAGGAGGAGGAAGAGGAGGCUGUUACAGUUAAACAAGAAGUAGAGGGUGAGGCUGUUACAGUUAAAGAGGAAGAAUUUACAUUGAAAGAGGAAGAAGUGAAAGAAGAGGAAGAAUCUUUAAGAGUGAAAGAGGGAAUGAAGGAGGGGGAGAUUACUGUCACAUUGGAGGAGACUGGAGAUCUGAUUAACACCAGAGAAAGACCAGACUCGGAGAAACCAGAGACGUCCAAACCAGCAAGACGACACCACUGCUCCCACUGUGGAAUGAUGUUUAACCAGUUAAGGUGUCUGAAACGACAUGAGAGAAUACACACAGGGGAGAAGCCUUUCCAAUGCUCCCACUGUGGAAAGGGUUUUAACCAGUUAGGGGACCUGAAAACACACGAGAGAAUACAUACAGGAGAAAAGCCAUACCACUGCUCCAAGUGUGAAAAAGGUUUUAACCAGUUAGGAAACUUGAAGCGGCAUGAGAGAAUACAUACAGGAGAAAAGCCGUACCACUGCUCCCACUGUGGAAAGGGUUUUAACCAGUUGUGGGACCUGAAAGGCCACAAGACUUUGCACACAGCGGAGAAGCCUUAUCACUGCUCCCUUUGCGGAAAGAGUUUUACCGUGUUAGGGAGCUUGAAAAUACAUGAGAUACAUCACACAGGAGGGAAGCCUUACUACUGCUCCCAGUGUGGAAAGCGAUUUACCCAGUUAGGAAGUCUGAAAGAGCAUAAGAUACUGCAUACAAGGGAGAAGCCAUACCACUGCUCCCAAUGUGAAACGAGUUUUGCCUGGUUAGGGGACCUGAGAAGACAUGAGAGGACGCACAUGGGGGAAAAGCCUCAUCACUGCUCCCAGUGUGGAAAGAGUUUUACCCAGUUAAGACACAUGAAAAGACAUGAGAUAAUACACACAGGAGAUACAAAUGUAGGCUGAGCAGUGGGACAUAGGACAGAUGUAGGCUGCUGAACAGUAGGACAUAGGACAGAUAUAGACUGAACAGUGGAACAGAGGACAGAUGAAGGCCCAAUUAAUGAUGGGUCAGUAGUUCCCAGACACUCUGAAUGUGUCUUGACUUUCCAGUGUUUCCCUCCUGCAUGUAUUAUAAAGGAUUGUGUUUGUGGAUGUGUUUUCUGGGUGAGGGUUUGGUUUGUGCCCUCUAGUGCACAGUUGAUUCAAAUAACCAACUCAUCAUCAAGCUUUUCUUAUUUGAAUGGGCUGUGUAGUGUUAGAGGACCUGAAAGAAUACAGAGGUUUUGUUCUGACUUCUCUCUUUUUCUUUAAGUUGUUCAAAUGUUUCACUGACCUUCACAUCUUAAAAGUAAUGAUGGACUAUCAUUUAGCUGUCUUCUGUAUAUCACAUCUUAAAGUAAUGAUGGACUAUGAUUUAGCUGUCU